UGAAACGUGUAGACGUGCAACCGACCGACGCGCAGCUGUUUCUGCUCCAGGAGUACUUCAUUCAGUGCCCCUCUCGUCUUCAAUAUUUCAACUGAAUCCAAUUCUCCAAAAAAUAUCUCCAGUGAAGAGAGAAGAAAAAAUGUUGAAAGCCUUUUGGAGCAAUGGAAGGAUCAGUUUUUACUCCAUCAUUGGAAGGAAUGAAGCAUAUCAAAUCUCCAGAAGGGGAAAUGCUUGCUAAGCCUUAUUUGGAAGUCUGCAAGUUGAUUUUGCCAGUUAUAGAUAAGUUUGGAUCUGCUAUGACUCUUGUAAAGAGUGAUGUCGGUGGUAACAUAUCGGUAAGAUAUUUAUUCCCGAGUUGGGAAAAAAAAUACGAAACUGAUCCCACUAAAUACAAAUACUUGUACAAUAUGGUCAAAGAAGAGGUUGAAUGUAAAACCGCAAUGGGUUCAUCUAGCUGUACCAAUGGUCUUCUUUGGUUGACACGAGCGAUGGAUUUCCUUGUAGAAUUGUUCCGCAACUUACUUUCACAUCCAGAUUGGACUAUGAUAGAAUGUUGCACUGACUCCUAUGGCAAAACCCUGAAGAAGUUUCAUGGCUGGAUUGCUAGUUCCAGUUUCACAGUUGCAAUGAAGCUGGCUCCGGAUAGGAAGAAGUUCAUGGAAGUAAUAUCUGGCUCAGGAGAUGUUAAUGCAGACAUGGAGAAAUUUUGCUCCACUUUCCCUCAAUUUCUUGAGGAGAACCACAAAUUUCUGGCGAAUUUCAGUUUGGACGAUAUGAAGGCUUGAUGGAGUAAGUGUCCUUGUGUUAUUCGUAUGUUUGAAUUCCCAUUGUCCUGUUUUGGCUUCUAAACCGUGAAAUAAUGAAUGACUU